GGGGCGCGGCGCCGACGCCGAGGCGCGGCCAUGGAGGGGAAGCCCCGCGCCGGGGUCGCGCUGGUCCCGGGGCCGAGCGGCCGCGGGCCUUCCGCCCGCCGCGCCCGCCGCCGCCGCCCGGGGCUGCUGCUCCCUGGCCUCUGGCUGCUGCUGCUGGCCCCGCCGGCCUCGUGCGCCCCAGAUGAGCUCCCUCUGGAGCAGCACGACCUCUCUCCCUUCCCUGCGGAGCUCUUGCUGGAGACCAGCACCAUGCCCAGCGCUGCACACGUGGCCUUAACAGAGACUGCGGCGGGGUCCCAGCUGAGCCGGUCUCUUCUCCCCACGUCCUCUCCAUCUGCCACUAGUUUUGAUACGGCUUUUUUAAAUCAUGGAAAACAGACCCAAAGUACAGCAGAUCACAGUGUCUUUGUGGUAAAUUAUGGGUCUGUGACGAGUAAUGAGGUGGCCUUCGGUGACGAUGACAUGGAUAACUUUUUGCCAGAUGCUCCCUGGACCUCUGCACGGAUGGUGUCCCCAACACAGUCCAUCGUGGUCAGCCCACCAGAGCUGCCCGGAGAAACGCCCGAGCUCAAGCCCACUCCAUCACUACCCACGAUUUCCCUACAGGACCAAGAGGUGACAUCAGCCUGGCAGAGUUCAGCCCAGCCACCAGCGACUUACGUGGAGUCCCCCAGUCAUCUUGGCACCUCUUGGUCAGCUUUUCCCACCUCCGAGGGCAUAAUUCCAACUCUUAAUGGGAACCUGGUGCUUUAUCCUACCGGAACCUACAGCCAGUUACCAAGUAGGACUUGGCCAGAGACAGUGGCUCCAGUCACAGAGGACGCGGGGGCCCUGCCCUUGGGCUCGUGGUCUUCUUUGCCUCCGCCGUUAGGUGAUGGCGGUCCCCAACAGCCAUCUCUGCCUCCGGGGGAGAUCUCACAGACUCCACAGCAGGUCCUGGCCACACGCACAGGCAGACACCCCCAUGUGACCACUGCUGGGAGUCAGCGUCUGGAAGAAACUGGCUUUCCAAGGGUGGACCCCACUGUCACCGUGUCACAGACGGCCUUUGCUUCCAGGAGCACACAGGCUGCUUCGUUUUCCGCCCCUCCUGCAUUUGUGUCUUUUUCUACUCCGUCAGUGGAUGCUUCACACGACCCCUUCCUUCCUGGAGAUGCCGGCGACACGUCAGAGUUGCCUGGCAGUCCUGUGGUCCCCAGUCACACGGCGGAUACCCUCGUCCUGAGCCCCGCGGCCUCCCUCAGGCCCUACACUUGGUGCGCGUCCUGUGCUGUGGCAUCUCCUCGGCACGUUCUGGCCACAGGUUCUGUGGAGAGAGACGUGGGGUCGGGGGAUGGGCCCGAGACCCUGACGGUGGCCACGCUGGCAGCGAGCAGCCCCUCUCUGUGGAGUAGCGAGGCCACCGACCUCUCCGAGUUCGAGGAAGAUCCUCAAGAAUAUAACACCCUGUUCCCCCCCAGGCCCGUGGUCUCCCUCGCUUCUCCAUCCCUGAGGGUCUCGGAAGCCAGCCCAGGUGUGUCGGCCGAGGUGGGCACGAGCAGCGUCACCAGCACCCAGGUGUACUCUUCUCUUGAGCACCUCUCUGCACCAGUGUCCCUCGGGCCUGCCUUUGGCUUCUCCCCGGUGGCCGACGCUCAAGGAACACCAUCCAGUGUGACCGCUGUGUCUUUCUCGGUCACUGCCAGCGUCCUCCUUGAAUCAUUUUUCUCUGUCACAGUAAAGGAAAGCACGCCGUCCCUCUGGUUCAGAGACGCGAGUCUGUCCCCCUCUGAGACUCUGGUUCCUCUGGCAGAGCCUUCACUUUUCUCCCACCAGGAACCCGCGGGGGCUUCUGCCCAGGGGUGGCCGAGUGUCCUGGAUCUGGCGUCCAGCCUCCCCUCCACGCCUCCGCUGGACCUGGGCAGCCCGGCCCCCUCCUCUUCCCAGGUCCCUGCUGCCCCGUCUCUGAUGCCAAGUGGCCUGUCCCCCAUCGCGUCCCAGUCCCUUUCUGCCUGGGUGGCGACCUUGGCCUUGCCUGACCCUGCCAGUGUGCACUCACCGCCUCUUUCUGCUCCGAGUUCCACAGACCUGGCGUCUCCUCAGCUCUGGCCGAGUGCGGACCUUCCUUCAAGGACGGUCACCUCUCUCCCUGGUCCUUCUGAAGUGCCAGUGCUGCCGAGCUUCUCCUCGGAUCCUCUCCAGCUUGCUGGCUCAUCCACGGUCGCGCCCACGGACUCCGACGCCCUUUUUACCUCGGCUCUCACUGGAACUACCUCCUCUUUUGAGUUCUUGCCCACCCGCCACGGCUCUGCAGUCGCCACGCUGGUGCCCUCCGGCUCCGAGCCCACCCUCGAUGUCUCGACUGCUGCGACUCACCCCUGGUCACAGUCCCCUGCUUCCCCUCUGACACCUGUUUUCACCGAGGCUUUUCUGUCCUCGACUCUGACACCCUCGGAGGACCCGGUCAGUGCUACAGACUAUCACACGCCUGUCUCACCCUCUUCCUCCCAAGUCAUUCCCACCGGUCCAGUGUCAGUCAGCGACGCAUAUCUGCCAUCAGCAUCCUCACUUGUCCCGGGGGGGAGCUCGUCACCCCUGCCCACAGAGCCACCGUCCACGCUCACAGGUUCACCGUGGAACACAUCCCCCGAGCCGAGCACACCCAACAGCACUGCUGCCCAUACUGUGGACACUGACCUGAGCAGUGGCACUGGGAAUCCGAGCCCCCCGGAGGGCAGUGUGGCCCCUCCAUUGCCAUCCCUCCACCCUGUGACCACCUCCACUCUUGAAGCGACAGUGAGUACUCCAGCACCGGCCACCACCAAGCCACCUUAUGUGUGUGAUAUUACAGUCCCCGAUGCCUACUUGAUCACAACUGUGCUGGCCAGAAGAGCAGUGCAGGAGUACAUCAUCACCUCCAUCAAGGAAGUGCUGAGGAUUCACUUCAACCGUGCGGUGGAGCUGAAGGUUUAUGAACUAUUCACUGACUUCACUUUUCUGGUAACAUCCGGUCCUUUUGUUUACACGGCAAUAUCAGUCAUUAAUGUGCUUAUUAGUAGUAAACUUGUGCGUGACCAAACUCCUUUAAUCCUGUCUGUGAAACCUUCUUUCUUCGUGCCAGAGUCCAGGUUCCAAGUCCAAACAGUGCUUCAGUUCGUGCCUCCAAAUGUGGAUACUGGCUUCUGCAACUUCACCCAGCGCAUCGAGAAAGGCCUGCUGACGGCCCUCUUUGAAGUGAGGAAGCAGCACCCGGGGACGUACAACCUCACGGUGCAGAUCUUGAACGUCACUGUUGGUUCCUCAAGGAUGGCCUCUCGGCGGGGCCCGGUGAAUAUUAUCUUUGCUGUUAAAAACACACAAGGAUUUUUGAAUGGGUCAGAGGUGAGCGAGCUGCUCAGGAACCUGAGCGUGGUGGAGUUCAGCUUCUACCUGGGGUACCCGGUGCUGCAGAUCGCAGAACCCUUCCAGUACCCACAGCUCAACCUAUCUCAGUUACUGAAGUCCUCCUGGGUCAGAACAGUCCUCCUGGGUGUUGUGGAGAAGCAGCUCCAGAACGAGGUGUUUCAAGCUGAGAUGGAGCGCAAGCUGGCCCAGCUGCUCAGUGAGGUUCCCACCAGGAGGCGCAUGUGGAGAAGGGCCACUGUGGCUGCAGGGAACAGCGUGGUGCAGGUGGUCAAUGUGUCCAGGCUGGAGGGAGAUGACAAUCCCGUGCAGCUCAUCUACUUUGUGGAGGAUCAAGACGGGGAGAGACUCAGUGCCGUCAAGUCUUCAGAUCUGAUUAACAAGAUAGACCUUCAGAGAGCUGCGAUUAUCUUGGGGUACCGAAUCCAAGGCGUUAUUGCCCAGCCUCUGGACAGGGUGAAGAGGCCAUCUCCAGAGUCCCAGAGCAGCAACCUGUGGGUCACUGUUGGCGUGGUCAUCCCGGUGCUGGUGGUGAUGGUGAUCAUCGUCAUCCUCUACUGGAAGCUCUGCCGUACGGACAAGCUGGACUUUCAGCCUGACACUGUGGCCAACAUUCAGCAGCGGCAGAAGCUGCAGAUCCCUAGCGUGAAGGGCUUCGAUUUUGCUAAGCAGCAUCUGGGUCAGCACAAUAAAGAUGACAUCUUGAUUAUUCAUGAGCCAGCACCACUGCCAGGACCUGUGAAGGACCACACCACGCCCUCUGAAAAUGGAGACGUGCCAAGCCCCAAGUCAAAGAUCCCUGCCAAGAACGUCCGCCACAGAGGAAGAGUCUCCCCCUCGGAUGCCGACUCCACCGUCAGCGAGGAGUCCAGUGAGAGGGAUGUGGGGGACAAGACGCCAGCAGCGGUCCACGAGAGCAAGGCCCACAGAGCCCCACAGAGCGGUCCCCCCUUGCCCAGUUCAGGGAAUGAGCAGCAUUCCUCUGCCUCCAUCUUUGAGCAUGUGGACAGGAUUUCGCGCUCCUCAGAGGCCAGCCGGCGGGUUCCCAACAAGAUCCAGCUGAUUGCCAUGCAGCCCAUUCCAGCACCCCCAGUCCAGCACCCCAUCCUGGCUGACCGAGUGGCAGAAACCAACAAAAUCAACAAAGAGAUUCAGACGGCGCUGCGGCACAAGUCCGAGAUCGAGCACCAUCGCAAUAAGAUCCGGCUGCGCGCCAAGCGCCGCGGCCACUACGAGUUCCCGGUGGUGGACGACCUGUCCUCGGGUGACACCAAGGAACGGCACCGCGUGUACCGCAGGGCACAGAUGCAGAUCGACAAGAUUCUGGACCCCACGGCCAGCGUGCCUUCGGUGUUCAUAGAGCCCAGGAAGAGCUCACGAAUAAAACGCUCUCCUAAGCCACGCCGGAAACACCAGGUCAACGGAUGCCCUGCUGAUGCGGAGAAGGACAGGCUCAUCACCACAGACAGCGAUGGCACCUACAAACGGCCUCCCGGCGUGCACAACUCAGCCUACAUUGGAUGCCCAUCUGAUCCUGAUCUCCCAGCAGAUGUGCAGACACCAUCCUCAGCUGAGCUGGGCAGGUAUCCGGGCCUGCCCUUCACCCCGGCCUCUCAGUACAUCCCACCCCAGCCAUCCAUCGAGGAGGCACGCCAGACCAUGCACUCCCUCCUGGACGACGCCUUUGCCCUGGUGGCCCCCAGCAGCCAGGCUGCCGGUGCAGCAGGUGCAGUGUCCGGGGUCCCAGCCAGCCUGCCUGUGAAUAGCACCCCUUCCCGCGAGGAAAGGCGAGCCACCCAGUGGGGGUCCUUCUACAGCCCAGCCCAGACAGCCAACAAUCCCUGCAGUAGAUAUGAAGACUAUGGGAUGACUCCCCCUUCUGGCCCAUUGCCAAGACCGGGUUUUGGCCCUGGGUUGCUGCCAUCUUCAGAGCUGGCACCCCCUGAGCCCCAGCAGCCACAGUCGUCAGCAGAAGCUCCAUUUGCUGCCCGAGGGAUCUAUUCAGAAGAGAUGCCAUCAGUGGCCCGGCCCCGGCCUGUUGGGAGCACCACAGGCUCCCAGAUCCAGCACCUGACGCAGGUGGGCAUUGCUAGCAGAAUCGGGGCCCAGCCCGUGGAAAUCCCGCCCAGCAGAGGUGGCCAGUAUGGAGGACCGGGCUGGUCUGCAUAUGGGGAGGAGGAAGCAGGGCGAAGGGAGGCCGUGCCAAGGACUUCAGGCAGGGAGCCCUCAGCUCCUCCCGGGAACCUUCCUCACCGGGGACUGCAAGGCCCUGGGCUGGGUUACCCCACCAGCUCCACGGAAGACCUCCAGCCCAGCCACUCCUCAGCCUCCCUCAUCAAAGCGAUCCGCGAGGAGCUCCUCCGGCUCUCCCAGAAACAGAGCGCCGUGCAGAACUUCCACAGCUGAUGGGCCUCGCCCACAGGUUGGCCAAGUAUCCGCUUCCCGUGGAAGCAAGACCAAAAGGAAAUCAACUGAGCGGGUGUUUGUAAGCGGAAUGAGCAUCUCCUGGGCGAGCUGCCUGAGUGAGGGAGCAAGUGGCAAUUUUAGAAGAUGCCAUAAGUCACACAACACCCAUGAUACUUUUCCUAGAUUGGCAAUUUGGUGGCCACUUGGGUUCAGUUGAAAUGUAUGUACUUUUGGCCAAAAGCCAGCAGCACUUCACAAAAACAAAACAGAAACCUAAGCUAACAAUUUUGUUUAAGUCUCCUUUUUAAAGGCAAAAGAUGAAAAUGUGUAGAUGGUGUCGGGUUGGAAGGAACCCAGCGAUUCCAAGGGAUUCAGACUGACAUGUACGAUGUACCUGCUGCUUUGUUUUCUAAGAAGAGAUUUGAAGACAUUUUAUUAACAGCUUGAUUUCCCUCUUUUUCUCCAUAGGAACUUAUUUUAAUAGGAAUAUUAACAACAAAGAGUACUAAGACUGUUGGGAGAUUUUUUUUAAAAAAAAGCUACUAGUGAGAAACCAAAUGAUAGUUUAAGAGCCUGAAGACUCUAAACGAAGCCAUCGCCUGCGUUCUUCCUCCUUUUUUCUGGUGCUACAGCCCCAAGGGCCCCUUCGCCUUUGUGUCUGUGAAAUGCAACGUUGGCUUUGCAAUGGAAGAAUGGGUCGAAGGUUUCAUUCUGUUCUAGAGGGAAAAAAAAAAAAGAAAAGAAAAGCAACUCCCAAGUGGUGGGAGAAAGCUUAAUAUUUAUUUGGUUAUUCAAAAUACAUAUCAAAAUUUAGAUUUAC